UAACAACUUCCUUAAAGUUUUAAACAAUUCAAGUAAUUGCUAAUAUAAUUUGCCUCAGUUGAGUAUAACCACGUGUAUAUACAUUGCAGCUACCUCUAACAAACGCAAGAAGGUAAACAUGCCCUACUUACUGUUUUUGCAAAGGAUUGAGUGGUCUGGGCUGGAGCCCAGGCCGGGUGCAUUGUGUUGUGUUCUUGGGCAAGACACUUAACUCUCACAGUGCCUCUCUCCACCCAGGUGUAUAAAUAGGAACCAGCAAACUUAAUGCUGGGGGUAACCCCGCGAUUGACUAGCAUACCAUCCAGGAGGGAGGUGGGGGGUGGAAAUAUUCCAAGUCGCUUCAUACCUCAUGUCUGAUGGGCCACUUGGCUCCUAUGCAAGACCUUACCAACAGUACUAUUGUUUUGUACAUCAACAACAAGUUGCAAGGGUACAUUGUUCCAUCAUGUAGAAUUCUUCGGCAACACAAUGCACUAGCAGUGUCCCCCCAAUUCAGAGGUAAACCAGUGUGUACCAGUCAAUAAACCAUUUCCUAGUUGGCUUGUGCCUCUAUGUCAAAAUGAGACUUCAUGCGAAACCAUUCACAUAAAAAUGUGUUCCCCCUACAGGUUCAUUUCAAUGCAAAUCAAACUCAUUUUCAUAUGAAAGGUUUUGCAUGAGGACUCAUUUUGAAACAGAGGCACAAGUAACUCAGAAAUGGCCUAUUGUUUGGGCAUCGUGACAAAUUGUUAUGGGGAAACCAUAGACAGACCUCCAUCCUGAUGACCCAUGUUCAGUGCUGUCAUUAGGUUUUGAGUCAGGGGUUCUACACACCCACAAUAACCCUGUUGCUCUUUGGGUGAAUUAUAUUUACAAUGAGCAAGUCAACCCCUCACAUAUUAUUGUAACAUCAAGGGCCCAUCAUAAAUACUCAGCCACAACAAGUGUUAUGGUUAUGGCCUGUAAUGACAGCCCUGCAUCUGGCUCCUACAGUCACUAAUACUAGAGUGGAAUCAUUUACCUUUACAAGUAGAUAUGGGUUAUUGACCAAGGGUGGGGUCAAGAUAGCUAGAGAAGGAGUCAAGGUCCAUACACAUGCAAGAGAGAGAGAAAGAGAGAGAGAGAGAGCACAAUAUCUAGCAAGCUUGGUCAAUAGACAUUCUGUUCAUCUUGACACAGACAUCAUGUGCAGAAAUCAGCAACAAAAUGUCAUGAUACGAACAAUCCUCAGCAGCCAUAUGCAAAUCUCAACCCUAGAGCCUGACUACCCAGUUCAUCAAGAUUACUUGUACAGCCAAAAUGGCCGCAUAAUCCAACAGUGCACAGAAGAAGGUGGUCUGUACCGCCCUGUUGUUGGCUGGGAGUCUCUGUUGGUGUCUGCACAGGAGUAAUACAUGUAAACUCAUGGAAAACUACAAAAGUGGUACAAGCAAGAGUUGCCGUUUAUAGAUCUAGAUUUAGUCACGUUGAUAAUUUCGUACAGUAAGAGUUGUAAAUCAUAACUAUGUAGCUGAGGUUUCUGAAUAGCACUCAAUUUGAGACGUACUGUAUAUAAUAAGUUUCAUUACUAUUUAACAAUAGUCUUUCUGAAGCCACAGAUUUCGAGGUUACAAAAAAUGAACGCCAUCAAACCCAGAAAGAAAAACAUAUUUAAACCACUGAACGUGCACAAAGUAAACAUAUUUUACUCAUAAGACUGCUGCUGUUGGAUAUUUGUAUCUCUAGUAGUCUGGUUGUCUGCCUUGAAGGUUUGGGAGAGCUUAUUGUCGGAAGAAUUUUGUCUUUCAAAAUUGUUCCAUGACGCUAAAGUUACACAAUCCAAGUGCACCCUGGUGAUGUUUGUGGUCAGGAAUUCAGAGGUGUAUCAUAACUAACAUAUCGUCUUCCGAGUGAAUGUACUACCACUGACCCUCGCUAAUCACAGCACGAAUGUGCUUCUCGGGAAAAGCACAAAGUGGCAGUGAGCGACGAGAGUUUGUGGUGUUGGGACUAUGCAUAAGGACUCAAAAAUGUAUGUUUUCUGUCCGAGUCCUCCAAGUCAAUUAACAUGUUAGUAGUUUAGUGAGUAGACACAGUACAAAUAAAGCCUGUUGUUGUUGUAACAUUACGCGGAACACUACAUAAAAGUAACAGUAAAAUGAGUAAAUGUGGCACAAUAUUUCUUCUUUGUUGGGACUCCUAUUAAAUACUAGCUUACGUUA